AUGUUAGAUUCCCUUGUUUUACUGUUGGAGAAAACCUUCUUGCUUGCACAUUUUAACUUUUUCACCACAACUCCAUCUAAACAAGCAAUAAGUACAAAGCGUCGAGAGGAGAGCACUGAUUUCCAGCGUGGGGAUCUCUUGGAAGUUCCUCGCACUUUGUUCACUCAUUUUGGCAUAUAUCUCGGUGACAACAAGGUCGCGCAUCUUAUGCCCGAUAUACUCCCGGUGUUGACAAGCAACACAUCUCACAUUCAGAAAGUAGUGACGAAUACGAGAUUGCUCCUCGGUGUGAUUUACAAGUAUGCAUCCAUACGCGUGGACACAGUGGAAGAUUUCGCUUACGGAUCGGCUAUUUUCUUGAAUACGAUGGAUACUACAAUGAGAAAACAGCCGCUGGCUGCUGAGGAGGUGGCCAGAAGAGCUGAACAACUUAUCGGCAAAAUUCCAUACAGUCUUUUAUGGAAUAACUGCGAACAUUUCGUCACGUACUGCCGUUACGGGACCGCGGUCAGCCUGCAGACAGACAAGUUCUGCGAAAGUUUAAAAUGUGUUAUCCGGGACCAGAGGAGUGUGCUUCUAACCACUGUCAUCGGAAUGCUUUCCAUGUUUUUCCUUGGAAUCGCGCCACAAACCGCACUUCCAACCUUUAUCAUUCCUUUCAUGUUGUGGAUGGCUGGAUAAGAGACACUUCAGG